UUAUUUGAAAAAGCGAUUACAAACAAUAUUUGAGGACUAAGGUCCCUUCUUACAAAAUUGCGAGAUUAAUUGAGAAGAUUGUCUUCUCUUCUCAAUUUCACAGUUUUGCAGUUCACACCUAACUGCACUGCCACUGAACACACAGGGUUGGUUUCUUCUGCAAUGGCUGCUUCAUCUUCACUUUUCUCCUGCUCAAUGCACAUGGAGUUGUUUUCUCCAAAGAUAUCAAAAUGCCCUACAGAUUUUGUAUGCUGUCGUAGCAAAAUCUCCUAUAUGGUACCUAGUUAUUUAAAAUCUACAUGCUAUCCUAUUUCUAGAUUUUUAUGCACAAACAAUUUGUCAAAAUGUGACAAUGUGAAAAAAUCCUGGCAAAGAGACGGAAUCCAUUGCUUUUUAGAGGGGCAGAAAUUUCAACUUGAUGAUGUUAUUGAAGCUCAACAGUUUGAUACAGAUACUCUCAACGCCAUUUUUAAAGUUGCGCGAGAUAUGGAGAAUAUUGAGAGAAAUUCUCCUGAAAGCCAGAUUUUAGAGGGUUAUCUUAUGUCUACCUUAUUUUACGAGCCCUCUACUAGAACUAGACUUUCAUUUGAGUCUGCUAUGAGAAGACUGGGUGGAGAGGUUUUAACAACGGAAAAUGCUAGAGAAUUUUCGUCCGCGGCUAAAGGAGAGACGCUUGAAGAUACAAUAAGAACAGUUGAGGGUUACUCUGACUUAAUUGUGCUUCGACACUUUGAAAGUGGUGCUGCCAGAAGAGCUGCAGCUAUUGCUGGCAUUCCAAUAGUCAAUGCGGGGGAUGGACCUGGACAACAUCCGACCCAGGCACUUUUGGAUGUCUAUACAAUUGAAAGAGAGAUUGGAAAGCUUGAUGGUAUUAAAGUUGGGCUUGUUGGAGACCUAGCCAACGGAAGGACGGUUCGAUCACUGGCCUACUUGCUUGCAAAGUACAAGGAUGUGAAAAUUUAUUUUGUCUCUCCAGAUGUGGUAAAAAUGAAGGACGAUAUAAAAGACUAUUUGACAUCAAAAGGAGUGGAUUGGGAAGAAAGUUCUGAUUUAGUGGAAGUGGCCUCCGAGUGUGACGUGGUUUAUCAAACUCGUAUUCAAAAAGAACGAUUUGGAGAAAGACUCGACCUAUAUGAAAAAGCAAGAGGCAAGUAUAUUGUGAAUCAGAAUAUUCUGAAGGCGAUGCAAAGACAUGCCGUGGUUAUGCACCCUCUUCCAAGACUUGAUGCAGAUCACUGUGGAUGUUGAUGCUGAUCCAAGGGCUGCUUACUUUAGGCAAGCCAAAUAUGGUUUAUAUAUUCGGAUGGCUAUUUUGAAACUCUUGCUUGUUGGGUGGUGAACUUGCAAUUCAUCUUCAAAAUGUCUGCAAGAUGCUGAAACAUCAAUCGUACCUUCUUAUGCUUUUGCUUGUCACAUCCUUUAAUACUUGUCCUUUUUGUUUUUCAUUAUACUUUCUAAUCUUUAAGAGAUUAAAGAUGGUAAGCAGACAGUGUAAAGAUAUCAUACACACUCGGCCAAUCAAUAUCUAUCAUUUUGACACAUCAUAUUUUAUUAUUUUUUUAAAUAAUUCAAUUGAAAAAAUAUAUCAAAACCACCCAUACUCACAUCUUCAUCUACCCUACUCACAAAGCUCCUCCUCUCACUAUUGAUUUCAUAUACCCUACUCCCCUUGAUUUCAUCUGUAACUGCUUUGUAUCAUUCAUGGCCUCUAUCAUCUGCAUAUUCAACCUGCAUCCAAAAUCUUGAUAAACUCCUACACCAAUUCCUCUCGGUUCCUUAAUUAAGAUAACUAAAUCUUCAUUAAGAUCCCCUCUCUCCACCGCAGUCUUCCAUAAACGUCGUUAUCCUUACCAUAUUGACUACCUUACGAUCAACACCUUGUUCUGCCUCUUAAAUUUCAUCUUGGUGAAGCUAUAGAGCAACCAGCACCGUAUGCCCGAUCUCAGCGCCAUUACCGGGAAGCACACUAAUUCUCCAAGACAACCAUCAAC